AUGGUCAAGGAACUCCUCGCUGGCAAGGCACCGGAGGUGGAUGAGAUCCGCUCGAAUACCUCAAAACAGGACCUUCAGCAUGCACUGGGACGGUUUGCAGCCGAGUGUGAAGCGGCAGGGAUGAGAAUUAGCGCCUCCAAAUCCAAGGCCAUGGUUCUCAGUCGGAAAAGGGAGUUCCUGCCUCAAGUGGAGGAGUUAAAGUAUCUUGGGGACUUGCUCACGAACCUGAUGCCACUGAAAGAGGAUCGUGAAGUACUGAAUGAAAUGGAGAGAGAUCAGUUUGAGAAACAUGAUUCCACAACUGGAGAAAAACGGUUUAGUUGUUCACAGACUGAGAAAUAUUCCUCACAAAGAAGGGCUCAACAAACAGAAACUAAGAAAUAUUCCACACAAAAAAGAGCUCAACAAACAGAAACUAUAAGUUAUUUCACCUGCCAACAGUGUGGGAAGAGUUUCACUACGAAAGGAAUCCUUAAAGGCCACAUGAUGGUUCACACCAAAGAGAAGGCUUUCACCUGCCCUCAGUGUGGAAACAGUUUCACACAAAAAGGAAGCUUUAACAGGCACAUGAGAAUUCACACUGGCGAGAAGCCUUACAUCUGCAAACUGUGUGGAAAGAGUUUCAUACAAACAGGAAACUUUAACAGGCACAUAAGCAUUCACACUGGAGAGAAGCCUUACAUCUGCAAACUGUGUGGAAAGAGUUUCACAACAGAACUAAACCUAAGGUAUCACGUGAACAGUCACACUGGAGAGAAGCCGUUCACAUGUGAUCAGUGUGGAAAGAGUUUCAGACACAAAGUAACCCUUAAAAAGCACCUGAGGACGCACUCAAGAGAAGACUGUUGUAUAUGUCAUCAGUGUGGAAUGAGUUUCACAGAUAUAAAUCAUCUUACGGCGCACAUAAUAACUCACACCGGAGAGAAGCCUUUCAUGUGCUAUCACUGUGGAAAGACUUUCUCAAACAAAACAAACCUUGAGGUUCAUAUGAGAGUUCACACUGGAGAGAAGCCUUUCACCUGCCCUCAGUGUGGAAAGAGCUUCAGAUUUAAAGGAAACCUUCAGACACAUAUAAGAGUUCACACUGGAGAGAAGCCUUACACAUGUAUUCACUGUGAAAUGUGUUUCACAUAUCAAAGGGACCUGAAGCGUCAUUUGCAAACUCAUUCUGGAAUCGAGGGUUUCUCAAUCUGGCAAGAAGUUUAGAAAAAUAAGCAAUUUCAAAGUCAUUUGUGCAUUCACUCUGGAAGAAGGAAAUUUAACUCCCCCGCCAUUGACGAAAAAUGUCCAGCUUUCCGUGUUUUCACUGUUAUACUGUAGGGGGCGCUAUAACAUCUUCUGAACAAGUACUGCAUCUCUGGAUCAAAACACAGGUG